AUGGCACAUAUCAAAAAGAAAUUCACAUUUGAUGAUCCGGAAGACAGCUACUGGAAUGAAAGUGGAUCUAAUUCAUCAUCACUAUUUGAUGAUCUUCCAUCAAAACAGUGGGCCGCUCGUGCAGCAGUGGAUAACCUGUUUGAACAACGUGAAAUCCUCUCUGCAAGAGUACCUCAGCAAUUAUCCACUGUACCCAAACCAAUAACUAAUUCUGUAGGGGAUAAUAAUGUUCAGUCGACAGAAGCAGUUGAUGAAUUUAUCAUUCAUAAGAAGGCUGACUUCAAAGUUGAAGUAGAAACGUCGCCACUGCAUGCUGGAGGUCCAUCAGCCGCUUCUGUUAUAUCAGAAUGUAGUGUGAGCAGUUUGCCAAGUGAUGCGCAUCGUCUCGAUCUCGACUACUCUCGUCUCAAAGCAGAACAUCGUAAACUGCAACGCCAUCUAGAGGCAGUUCGUCAUGAUCGCUACCGUGCGCCAGACGUGAAAGAGGCUGUUCGUCGUUUGCUCAAGGGUGACCCAGUAUCUUUAGAAUGGUAUCGAUCGAAAGAAGAAAAAGUUCAGUUGCUAGAAGCCGCCAUAGAUAUCGUUGACGGCAAUGUUAUAUUAGCUGUUGUAUUAUUUCUGAAAAGCACGUUGAUGGAUUCACUAUUUCGAGACUUAUUGUUGAGAAAACCGCAAGCUGCAGACGAGUACAUAGCUUACCUAAAAACUACUAGAGAUUAUGACGAGUUAACGACCACAUUGUUCGCCCUUGGGAGGAACGCCGAUGCAGCUAUGGUUGAGUUCUCUGCAGCAAUUCGGAAUCAGGUUUCCGAACAAAAGGUUUGUUUUGUCGAAGUUUUCAGAAAGCUCUCUAGAGGAGAUAAGUUUAAAGGCUUCAGGUACAAGCCUUGA